GCUUCUGCUUUUCACUUUGCGAUGAAUUACUCCGUAAAUGCCUCUCCGUUUACUUUCUUACCACUUUGUCUCACGCUUGGUUGAACGAAUGCAUGGGGAGAUUAUGCAAAUACAGGAGGCCUUCAGGAAUCUACCGCAGAUUGCACAUCUCCUCCGAAUUGGAGGCAUCGUUGCUUUGCCCACGGAUACAGUGUAUGGCAUUGCUUGCUCAGCCAAAAACUCAGCGGCAUUAGAAAAGAUUUGGCGCUUAAAAGGACGGGAUCCAACAAAGCCCAUGGCCAUCUGCCUGCACAAGGUCGAUGUGAUAUCUUACUGGUGUGACACUAAUCAUCUACCUAACGGAGUUCUCAAGGCGUUGUUACCGGGUCCGGUCACGGUUCUGCUACCACGUCGCGUGGACAAUGACCCUUUAAGUCCACUACUCAAUCCAGGUGCAUCUCUUGUUGGCGUUCGCGUCCCCGAUCAUGGAUUCGUUCAGUCUUUGAUCGCCCUCCUGUCCCAAUCCGAUGUGCAUGAUUCGGCUAUCGGCCACCCUGUCGUCCUGACGUCAGCCAAUCUGAGUGGGGACAUAUCUGCCCUGACGAUUCAGGAAUUCUCCUCCUUUUGGUCCUCACUGGAUCUCAUCGUGGAUGGUGGACCUAUCGCCAACGCUUGUAUUGACCUCGGUAAGACUGGUUCCGCACGCGAUGGCUCCACUAUCGUCGAUCUCUCUGCAGCGCACGCAAAACGCUACCGUAUUGUUCGGCGGGGCAGUGCCUUGAAGGAGACUGUGGCGAUACUAGAGCAGGGUUACGGACUGCGAAACAUUGACUCCAACAACUGCUGACUGACCGAUGACUUCAUGAGAUCUUCUAGAUGUAGAAGCAUAUGGCUUUUCGUUUGAAAGCUGUGUUCGUUCUUUCCUCUUUUAAGAUCGUGUAAUCUUCCAAUUUUGUACUAAUAUGUGUUCUGCGUCGUCUCAAACUUUUUGGACCCGUGGCUGGCUACGCAUAUGAGGUCGAGCUUCUCAUUUUCGCUUGGCGAACCACUUGAUCUCUCACUCUUUCGCACAUGCUACUAGUGCUCCUACACCGAUUAUCAGUCUCGUCCGAUGGGUUUAUCCACUUUGGGGACUUUUCUCACUAAAAAUUUGUUUCCUGACUGAAAAAGCUUUAUUCAAAUUCAUCUUUUUUCCAUGUAUUAUCUUUGUUCCCUAUGUACAUUUCUUAUUUCUGUUUUUUUACAAACUUUCACGUCCUGUUGCUUUUUUGUAUACUUGUUCCACAUUGUUGUUCGCGGCGGCGUCUUUUUUCUUCGUUCAAAUCAUGUAACUACGUUUGCGCGCGGAUAAUCUCCUCCUGAUACUCUUGUCUUCCUUGUUUCUGCGGACGGAUUCUUCAUAUUCACCGCAUUAUAGUCACCUAGUCGGGGCAACGCUCCCCGCGUCGCCAUUUGUCCUUGGCGAAUGCAUCGGUCAAAGUUCUCACCAAGCACUACAUACGGAUGGAUAAGCGCAUAAUUCAUUUUUCCUG